AUGGAGAACAGCAAGCAGCCAGUGAAGGAGGUGCUCCCCCUGCCUCGCCACCCGGCCCCUUUUCCUGUGACCUCUUCCUCUCUGACCCCUGCUGUCACUUCAAAACACCACACCACAGGCUCCAUCCAGCAUGUGCAGGUGGCCUCAUCAGUGGUGACAUCGUUCAAUCAUCUGAGGCCUCCAGAGAGGGACCUCACACCGUUCUCUCAGAUGAAGUCUGUUAAGUCUCUGAGGCAUGCCGGCUUCACUGCGGUCUUCACUGGACAAGCGAAGCUUGACAGUGGGGAGGUGCCGGAGGAGUUACCGAUUGCCGACGUGAUACUGGCUGACAUUGACUCCCUCGUGCCGACACAUGACGAAACAGGCCGUCCUAUUGCCGAGUGGAAACGACAGGUGAUGGUGCGGCAGCUGCAGCUCAGGCUGCAGGAUGAUGAGGAACAGAGGAGACAGGACAUAGCUAAUGGCUACAUGCCAGUGGAUGGCUGGAAGUACUCCCAAGCCCACAACGCAGUCUUGGGACCCUUCGGUGAGCUCCUAACAGAGGAUGACCUGGUGUACCUGCAGCAGCAGAUUGAGUCUGUUUCACAUCAGAAACGCUGCCAGGCGUAUGAGCUGGAGCUGACCAGGCUGACUGAGGAGCUGAGGGCAAUUUUACCUGAUCCUAUUGUCAACAUUUCCCUCAACAGAGAGGUUCUGCAGCAGAUGGACUCUGAGGGGAAAAUGCAGCUGACUUUGCCAAUCUGGUGCAGCCGUGUCUCAGAGAUUAUCAAGAAUAUGUCUCUCCUGGUGGCUAAUCUGACUCAAAUCACAGAAAAAGAUGGUGAGAUGGGUGUAUGUAGGAUACCUCACAUAGGGAUGGCAUCUGCUUUUAGCCAUCGUUUGGAGAGCAACAGCUACAGAAGAGCACAAAGGGAAAAGGUGGAAAGGGAGAUCCAGCAGUCUGGAGUCUCAGUUAGAAACCUCAGAUCAACCUUUGAGGGUCAGAUUGGUGGCAUUUAUCCCUUUGCUGGGGUUAUAAAAGCAGGAGGGGGGUUGACAAACCAGGCUGUAGAUGGAGCUUCAAGCGGAAAGAACAGCGAUGUCAAUACAAGCUUCAAAUGUGAGGCCGGCCAACCUGACACUCCUAAAACAGCUGCACCUGUAAUGGAAACGACCAGCUUAAGAAAAGAGCGAAUCGUGGUGCUAUUCCUGAGCCACUGGAAGAAAUCUGCAUAUGCUAUUACAGUAAGAGCAGCAAGGCAGAGGCAGGGACAGGCUGCAGCGCCAGGAAGAGUGACAGAAGCACAGCCCCAACAGAAAAUCCCCUCAAUGUUUCAGUUCUGCCAACAACGAGGUGCUGUGGAUAAAAUGCUGAACUCCUGGAGAAAUAAACUAGAACUUAGAGAAGUGCAACCUUUACCUUCCUUUAGCGUUUCACAAAAUCCUCCACUUUGUGUAACCUACUCCCCAGAACAAUUCCUUCCAGGUGUGGAUGGUGUUGCAGUGAGCCACGACACCUUGACCCUCGAUCUCUUUAUGCUGGGUUACUUUCACAUCUUAGAGCAAGAUUUGUCAGCUGAGGAGAGGAAGAUGAGACACCUCCUUUGCUUCGAGGUCUUUGACCAUGUUGGCAGUUUUCCUUGGGAGAAGGUGCGGGACUUCCAUAAGGCUGUCCUCCAGGAGAUCCAGGCUGGGAGGCGACAGUGGAGCGACGGCUUCGAGGACAUCAAAUUUCACUUCUUUGGUGAUUCAAAUCCAUGCCACUGUCCACCACCAUCAUCAUCAUCAUUGCUGCCAGAUUCCAAAUUGGUACCCAAAGUUAUAGUUCAAAGUGCUACUCUGGAUGAGCGCUGCAGUGAUACAGACUUCUCCUGCUUCCACAACGAAGACAUUUGUAAAUAUAUCGACCGCAGUUUUGCUUUCUGGAAAGAGAAGGAGGCAGAGCUGUUUGACUUUGAACAUUAA